CACCCCGACCCCCUCACACACACCCUCACACAGACCCUCACACAGACCCCCUCUGUCUGUAAGAUGUCCCUCAGCCACACACAGUUCACUAAGGGUCCGAGGUUUGGACUGACGGCUGAGAUCACCAGUAAGAUCGCUCAGAAAUAUGAUAUACAGAAGGAGGAGGAGUUGCGGGUCUGGAUCGAGAGCAUGACCGGGAUGGCGCUCGGGGACAACUUCCAGAAGAGUCUGCAGAACGGAAUCAUUCUGUGCGAACUCAUCAACAAACUGCAGCCGGGCUCCGUGAGGAAAAUCAACCAAUCCAAGUUAAACUGGCACCAGCUGGAGAACCUGACCAACUUCAUCAAGGCCAUCCAGCAUUAUGGUAUCAAACCCUACGAUAUAUUUGAGGCCAACGACCUGUUUGAUAACGCGAACAUGACCCAGGUUCAGACCACGUUGCUGGCGGUGGCUAGCAUGGCGAAAACAAAGGGAGUAGAUACCGGGGUCAGCAUCGGGGUAAAGUACGCGGACAAACAGCAACGCUCGUUUGAUGAAGAGACAUUGAGAGCCGGGAGCACCAUCAUUGGCCUCCAGAUGGGUACUAACCGCUGUGCCAGCCAGUCAGGGAUGAUCCCGUACGGAGCCAAGAGGAACCUGUACGAUCAGAAGCUGAACAUCGGGGUUCCCUUGGACAGCAGCACGAUCGGGCUACAGAUGGGCAGCAACAAGGGAGCCAGUCAGACGGGGAUGUGUGCACCAGGAACCCGGCGAGGGGUUUAUGACAAGAAGCUGUGUUUGGAGAGCUGUGACCACACCACCGCCUCCCUGCAGAUGGGAACCAACAAAGGAGCCAACCAGAGCGGCCUCAACAUCGGGCUCGGGCGUCAGGUCUACGAUCCCAAAUACUGUCCCCAGAGCACCCUCCCCGCGGACAAUCACAGCCCCACCGUGACCACCGGCCAACACAGCCCCGAGGGUCCCGGACAGCACCCCACUGAGGACAGCGAGGAGUAUGACUGAACCCCCUGACCCCUCCUGAUCCCAACCCCUGACCCCCGACCCCUGACUCUGGCCUCCUGACAACUGACUAACCUCCUGACCUUCGACUCCUGACCCCAGCCUCCUGACCCCUGACCGUAGCAUCCUGACCCCAUUUUCGCUAAAAGAAAUAUUGAUCACUAAAGGUGAUCAUCUCCACUCCCAAGUCUUUCUAACUGUAAAUCCCACAAACAAGACUCGAUGGGAAGAUUUGCUCCUCAAAAGUGUCCACAACAACUAUAUAAAUGCAAGUUGUUGUGGCGGUGGUCCCUCACCCUGUGCUGCCCGCCCACAGCAGUCAGUGGCUGUUCAAAGAACAAUUUGUUUUUUUUAAAAAAUGCAUAGAGUCACAUAGAGCGUCACCACACGGAAACAGGCCAUUCAGCCCACUAGUCCGUGCCGGCGUUUAU